AUGUCCUCGCCGCAGAGCGCAGUGCGCCAGAGAGGGCCCAAGGACAGCUCCAACAAGAAGCGUCCGGCGACACCCAACAACGAUGUCACGGCUGCGAUGAACGGCAAGAUUGACGAGACUUUCAACGCGGUCAAGGAUGCGACCAAAGAGACGGUGCAGAAGGACUGGGACCACAAGAUUGCCUUCACCCUCCUCACCAUCCUGGGCUUCUUGACGAGGUUCUGGGGCAUCAGCCAUCCCAACCAGGUCGUUUUUGACGAGGUGCAUUUCGGCAAGUUCGCUUCAUACUACCUCCAACGAACAUACUUCUUCGACGUCCACCCUCCCUUUGGCAAGCUCCUCUUCGCAUUCGCCGGAUGGCUUGUUGGCUACGAUGGAUCUUUCCUCUUUGAAAACAUUGGCGACUCAUACAUUGACAACCAUGUGCCCUACGUGGCAUAUCGAUCGAUGCCUGCGCUCAUGGGAGCUCUCACGGUGUCGGUGGUAUAUCUGAUUAUGUGGGAGUCGGGAUACAGUGUGCCGGCGUGCAUUCUCGCGACUGCCCUGGUACUUUUUGACAACGCGCAUGUUGGCCAGACUCGCUUGAUUCUCCUCGAUGCGACUCUGGUCCUGUUCAUGGCGCUCAGCAUUCUGUGCUACGUCCGCUUCUACAAGCUACGACACGUCCCAUUCUCGAGGAAAUGGUGGAAGUGGCUGCUUCUCACUGGUAUUUCCAUGAGCUGCGUUAUCAGCACCAAAUACGUGGGAGCCUUCACUUUCUUCUCAGUGGGUGUCCCAGUCUUGAUCGAUCUGUGGGAGCUUCUGGAUAUCAACCGCAAACAAGGAUCGCUCAGUCUCCAGGAAUGGGCUCAGCAUUUUGGAGCGCGCAUGGUUGGCCUCAUCAUUGUCCCAUUCCUCAUGUACCUCUUCUGGUUCCAGGUACACUUUGCGAUCCUCUCGCGUUCAGGACCGGGUGAUGAUUUCAUGACGCCGGCUUUCCAGGAGACACUCUCCGACAAUUUGAUGGCGCAGAAUGCGGUGCCCAUUGACUAUUUCGACAACCUUUCCAUGCGGCACAAGGACACAAAGGUGUACCUGCACUCUCAUGUCGACAAGUAUCCCCUGCGCUACGAGGAUGGUCGUAUCUCUUCUCAGGGCCAACAGGUUACCGGAUACCCUCACAACGACACCAACAACCUUUGGCAGAUUAUUCCUUCCACUCAAAUGGAGGGUCGGGGUCACCGCGUAAAGAAUGGCGACAUUGUUCGCUUCAGGCAUUUGGUCACGGACACCUGGCUCCUCACCCACGAUGUGGCUUCUCCUUACCACCCGACCAACCAGGAGUUCACCACUGUGCCUCUCGACCAGGCGAAUGGUGAUCGCUUCAACGACACACUCUUCCAGAUCAAGGUCGACAACGGCAAAGACGGGCAGGAGUUCAAGACCCUUUCCUCUCACUUCAAGCUCAUUCACGUCCCUACCAAGGUGGCAAUGUGGACUCACACGACACCACUCCCAGAAUGGGCAUACAAGCAGGCUGAGAUCAACGGUAAUAAGAAUGCCCUGCAGACUUCCAACUCGUGGUAUGUCGAGGAAGUGCAAGGCAUCGAAGCAGACUCUCCGCGCUUGGUGAAGGAGAUCCGAAAGCCGAAGUCGAUGCCCUUCAUGAAGAAGUACCUCGAGCUUCAGCGGGCCAUGUUCUACCACAACAACGCACUUACAUCCUCGCAUCCAUAUGCAUCGUUCCCCAUUCAGUGGCCCUUCCUCCUCCGUGGCGUGAGCUUCUGGACGGAGGCCACGACCAAACGACAGAUCUACUUCAUGGGCAACCCACUUGGCUGGUGGUUUGCGUCAGCAUUGCUAGCCGUUUUCGCCGGCAUCCUUUUCGCAGACCAGAUGUCUGUGCGUCGUGGAGUCGAUGCGCUUGAUCGGAGAACGCGCUCUCGUCUGUACAACAGCACCGGUUUCUUCUUCCUCGUCUGGGCCGCCCACUACUUCCCCUUCUUCAUCAUGGGCCGUCAGCUGUUCUUGCACCACUACCUGCCAGCUCACUUGGCCAGUGCCCUAGUCGCCGGCGCGGUUGUGGAGUUCAUCUUCAACAUCGAACCACAAGAAGUCGCCAACCUCCCCGCCGGUCAAGCGAUCGUGGAUGGCAAGAAGGGAAGCAAGGCACAGCAGCAACAGCGCAGCAAGCCAAUUCGGGAACGGAUCGCUGGACAAACACUCCUGGCUACAUGGGCUGCAUCCGGCAUCAUCGUUGCCGUUCUUGUCUGGGGCUUCUGGUUCUUCUCGCCACUGACCUACGGCAAGCCUGGAUUGGAGGUUAACCAGGUGCUGGCGAGAAAGUGGCUCAACUAUGACUUCCACUUUGCGAAGUAG